UCGAGACCAACUCGUGCGAUUGUUGUUUUUUUCAUUAGUGUGUCUUCUUCCGGUGAGACAUUCCGGCGGUUACCAACGAUAACUAACCGUUCAUUUACACCUACUGUGCAAAAAGACGAAAUUCUUCCCAAAAUGUCUGAAGUGAAAGCUAAGCUGCUUACCCAGAUCGCCGAACCGAUGACCUCGUCGGGCAACAAGGUCACCGUGGUCGGUAUCGGUCAGGUCGGUAUGGCCUGUGCAUUCAGUAUUCUGACCCAGAAUGUGUCCAGCGAGGUGGCCCUCAUCGAUGUCAACGCGGACAAGCUGCAGGGUGAAAUGUUGGAUCUGCAGCACGGUUCGGCAUUCAUGAAGAAUGCCCACAUCAACGCCGGAACCGAUUUCUCUGUAUCAGCUGGAUCGCGUUUGAUCAUAAUUACGGCCGGUGUGCGCCAGAAGGAGGGAGAAAGUCGGCUGGAUCUUGUCCAACGCAACACGGACAUCCUGAAGGGCAUCAUCCCCAAGCUGGUCGCCCAAAGCCCGGACUGCAUCUUGCUGGUCGUGUCGAACCCGGUCGAUAUCCUCACGUACGUCGCGUGGAAAUUGAGCGGUCUGCCCAAGAACCGUGUCAUCGGAUCGGGUACCAACCUCGACUCGUCCCGCUUCCGCUUCCUGAUGUCGCAGAAGUUGGGCGUUGCUCCCACCUCCUGCCACGGUUGGAUUAUCGGUGAGCACGGUGACAGCAGCGUACCGGUGUGGUCCGGCGUCAAUGUGGCCGGCGUACGGUUGGCGGAAAUUAACCCGAGCAUCGGUACCGAUGCGGACACGGAAAAGUGGGGAGAGCUGCACCACGAAGUGGUGAACAGCGCCUACGAAGUCAUUCGUCUGAAGGGUUACACCUCGUGGGCUAUCGGGUUGAGCGUGGCCUCGCUAGUAUCGGCCAUUCUGCGCAACACGUACAACGUCCAUGCGGUUUCCACGCUGGUUAAGGGUGAACACGGAGUCACUGACGAAGUCUACCUUUCGCUGCCAUGCGUUCUGGGCCGCAACGGAGUAAGCCACGUGGUGAAACAAAUUCUCACUACGGAAGAGACGAAGAAACUGCAGGCAUCGGCCACCUUGAUGGCGCAGGUCCAGGGUGGAAUCAAAUUCUAAGCAUUGCAGCCACCAUAGCCAAUACUGUCACGUUAUUUAUUGUCAAACCAAACUGUACGUUAAGCUAGCUAAGAACCAGCACCCACAAGAACCUGUUGGCCCAUUCCUUUCGCAAGGAACCAACCGUUCGAUCCCUGCACCGAGCAUUAGAAAGUAAUACAACUGCACGAUUCGUGAAUGUCCUUUGCGUCGGAAGCGCCGUAACGCUUUGCAGCAAAUAAAAUGAUAGAACUAUUACACAGUGCAUCGCCUUUCACUUGGCUGA